AGCAUUUGAGUCACCGCCGUUGAACGUAUCUAACAUUUGGCGACACCAGUCCAUGCGAAGGUGUUUCUGGUCGUCGGUAAAGCGGCUAGGUCACGCCGGGCCCCACCGUCGGCCGAGCCGGGCGCCAGGGACAUCUCCGACCAGCUGCCGUUCCUGGAGUACGAGCUGCACAAGCUGUUGUUAGCCAAGCUGCGGAUGCAGGGCGCCAACGCAGUGUUCUCUCUGCAGACGGAGAUCGCUAUCGGCGAGCGGUGCGUGAUGGCUGUAGCAAGCGGCACUGCCGUGCGGCUGUGUUCGCUGCCACCCCCAGCCCCGCCCACUAUCAAGGCGACUGAAUCCGAGAGAGACGCGCUUGAAAUACAGAAGGCUCUCUGGGACGCGUUCGCUGCCAACAAAGCGGCCAACGGCUACGAGAAUGGCGCGAUACAGGAGCAGCAGGUGGAGAGCGCGGUGGUGGAGGUGGAGGCGGAGGUGGAGGAGCCUCCGGCGCUGGAGCUGAUGGCCGACAAGGACACCUGCGUCCUGGAGCUGGACGAGGCCGAGGACGUGGAGACGGCGCGGCUACUGUCCGUGCGCCGCAACCACAUGCAGGUGAUGACGUCAUCGCUGUACCCCGCGCGACCGCCCGCCAUGCCGCAUGCCUUCAUGCAGGUGUGGCGCACGCGGCUGUCGCCGGGCUGCGCGGCCGGCCUGAGCGCCGAGCGGCUGGUGUCGAGCGCGCUCAGUGGCGCCGCGUACAAGCUGCGCCGGCUGCAGCCUGCCGCACUGGCACCGCCCGUGAUCCGUCUGGACCUGCCCGAGGAUGAAAUUCAACUCGUGGUGUCGGGUACGGCCAUACCGCUGCGGGACCCCAGCACUGUGAGUGAGGAACAAGAGGGCAGCGAGUGCAUCACGCAGGAUGAUGACAUAUUUGUACUGGAUGAGGAGCAACUGGUGAAGAGUCAAGCGGAGCUAGUGGAGGAUAAAGGAAAUGCACAGCCAGGAGGUGUGUGUCUGACGACGCUGAGCUGCGUGGACGUGGACGUGGACGUGGGGGCGGGGUCGGGGGCGGGGGCGGGG